AUGGAUUUAGGUAGCAUUUCAGGGUGGCCGCCGUUAAAUCCGAGUGGAACCGUGAUAGUUACGACCCGUCUCAAACCACCAAAAGGAACCGCGAUUGCGAUAGAGGUGGGGUUGUUUAACGAAGCCCAAACUAUUGCUGUGGCACAGAAAUACCACUCGAACUAUCACAAAUCUACAACAAAGCCUGCCGACCUAAGAUUUCUAAACCAUAUCCAGCCUCGUGAUCUCCUCCCCGUCGAGAUCCCGGCAUUCAUGAAAGCCACAGCUGAUAAAAAUAUCAAUCUAGGAGAUCUAGUGGAAUUUGAUACUCGCGAGCGUAUCCGAAGAGAAUGCACGGUUAAGCAGGGUUACGUCGUCGGGACGCAUGAUGUCAACUGGUCCAGCGAUUCGCGGAAUCGGAAACCUCUGUAUCGAGCGAUGUGGGACGACUUUAGUAGAAGAGAUAAAACCUGGGAUAUUGACAUGGAUAGCAAUAGGCGCUUAGAUUCAUGGUCGGCCCGCAGAAUAAUGACUGAUGCCGCUGCAUUUUUAUUCCCAAGUUGUUGCAGUUUGAGCCGCCUUCGAUCAGCCGAACAAUACUUCUAUAAGAACAACAGACCACAGCCUUCAUUUUCCGACCAUCUUCGGGAUAGUGAUCUCCCUAUCAUCCUCCUUCUAGACCCAUCGGAUCAAGAUACAGCUAAAAUACCGAAGCUAUCGCAAGUGAGUUAUAUCUCUAGGAUGUCCAGCAUCAGGAAAGCCUAUAUCGUUCGCAACCUUGCUUCCUGGCUUUUAGAAUCCUUCAAUAUCUGCGGUGACUCUCAAAUAGAUUUUGCUAGCACUGGUCUUCCCCGCCACGCUGAGUCUCUAGCCAAGAACUUUUUCUUUUUUGUAGAUUCAGACACCCUGAUCUUAGAAUCUUAUCUUGACACCUGUUUUGAAAUUGUUCGAGUUCUUCGAGUUCUCCGCACUGCCCCUCAGCUCCCUUCUACUAACAAUGAACCAUCGGAGAUCCUCAAGCUUCUUACCAAGAUUCUUGAACGAAUAAUGCGCAGAGUUAAACAAAAAUUGAGUUCCGAUUAUGUACAAGGAAAACCUGAAGUGUCGAGCCACACGGUACGAUACGUCAGCGAACUCGCGGACUCCCUUGAAUUCGUAGGACGUGAGCAAGUAAAGGAAGGGAACCACGGGGUUGCGGUGUUGUGUUUCCAAAAUGCCGGGCGUUGCUACAAGGCUCUAUGGCAAUAUGAAGAAUCAGACUUUUUUGCGAAUAAAUCCACACUACCCAAUCAGUCUAUCCGCAUCUACGAUCAAUCCAAUAUGCAUUCAUGCGAACUAAGUAUCGCUAAGUGUUUCGAAGACCAAGAUAAAGUUCAGGAAUCGAUUCAGUAUCUCCAGAAGACCCGAAGAGAGAUGGAAACUCCGGUGAACUGCGUAUUAGGUCUCUUCAAGUAUUACGAGGGAAAUCUCCAUUUAUCGCAGCAAAAAUACGGUGAUGCAUUAUUUUGCUACGAAGCUGCAGGGGUAUCGUUUAAAAAGUGUCCACAAGUCUGUGAAUCGCGUCUCGCCGCUAUCCAAGGGAAAAGAGCGCAGAUUUUUAUCCAAUUCGGAAAAUGGAGAAGAGCGAUAAACUGUUUAGAAUCCACACUAAAUUGCAUUCCAAACCACAAAAAUUGUGAAGACGAACGCACCCUGCGGCAGGUUGCAUGGAUUAACUCCAAGUUAGCUUUCGCCAACAAAGAGCUAUCAUCUAAGAUAGACGACCCGAACGCGCUGACGUACGGAAACUCCGCGUGGCAGGCGGCGAAGUCAUUGGACCACGAAGCCCCAAAAUUGGUGACCACGACACUUUACUUGACCGCAGCGAAUCACAUUUGGGAAUAUUAUAACAACCUUUAUCAGGAAUUGGACCUUUAUUCCCCUCACAUUCGCGAUUGUCCUGAGCUCAACUCAAAGUUAAAGCUUGCACUUGGUCAAUGCGCCCUCGAAACUAAAUUAGAGUCAACAAAAGCUUGCACUACCCCGCAACCUUGUGGCUCUUUGUUUGACGCCCUCCGUUGUUCUUCUAAUACGUACUACGUAGGGAAUGCGGUUUGA